AUGAGCUUCUUCAACCCGCAAGGAAUUCCAGAGUCGAUACUUCAAAGGCGUAGGAGGAACAGGGCAGAAUUAAACGGCGAAGGCGAGGCUGACGCCGCCUUCGAAGAAGACUUUGAUACCUUACGGGCAUAUUCGCUUAUAGCAGCGACUGCCGAGCUCGACAUGUAUGAGAUGCAUGCUCUAGUGCAGUUCUGUACCCAGGUCUGGCUGUCGUCGUUUAGUGAUGCGGAGAGAUGGAAGCAAAGGUUUAUAGGGCUAAUGGCACAGGAGUUUCCAACAGGGCAAUUCGAGAACUGGGGGAGGUGCCAGCAGUUACUUCCGCAUAUCGAAUCCCUAUACGACAAAGAGCCGGCGACCGACGAGUCCUUGAAGGACUGGGCUCAGAUUCUUAUAAAUUCUGCGUGGUAUAUGUGGAUGAUAGGGAGGUAUAAGAUAGCACACGGCAUGGCAGUAAAGGCGCUGAGUACUAGCGAAAGGGCAUAUGGGCAGGAAGACCAGAUGACACUAAUAAGGGCUACCGUCCUGGCGUUGGUGCUACAAGGUUAG